UCUAUUUGUCUAUGAGCGUACCUGAAGGAAUUAGGAAACUGUCAUGUAGCGGGAAAUAAAAAAAUGAAAGGAAAAUUAAUGUUUAUAAAAAUAUAAUUAUUAUUUAAGGUUUAUUAAAUUUGCUAAACUUUAAUUUUUGUAAAACUAAGUAAUUUUCAACAUGUUUGAAUGGGCUUAUAGUGGUGCUAACAAAGCAGUCCCUCGAAAUGUCGGUCCUGAAUGUGCAUAUUUUUUAUCACCUCAAAGACAAAUAAUCGAAACUUUAUUGGUAACAACCACUUGCGUGUAUAUAAUUGUCAAAACAUACCCUAAGUUACAUAUUUCCAAAGAAGUUUUUUAUGUGAAAAGUGAUAGAGGUGGAAAAAGAUUACUUGUGAUACUAUUGGCUCUACUAUGGGGCAUGGAAAUUGGUUUUAAAUUCGCAUCACAAACUGUUAUUUAUUUGUUAAAUCCAUGUCACAUAACAACUUUGAUUCAGAUUUAUUUAUUGGCUGCUCCGCCCAGCAAGACUGUCACAGCCUUAUUUCGCAUCCAUCUAAACUUGUUAAAUGGCCCACUACUAGCUUUCCUAUUUCCUGAAACUGCCUCAAGAACUAUUUUAGCAGAAGCAGCAUUAUAUUGGAUACAACAUGGAAUGAUGUUCGUGAUACCAUAUUAUUUGUUAAGGAUUGGUGGUGUAUAUAACAUAGAGCCAUUUUGGGAUUUUAAUUGGGCAAUAUUUAGCUACUGUCUUAACUUACUCUACCACUUUAUUAUUUUGCAAACUAUUGCAAUACCAGCCCAAGUUAAUUUAAACCACAUGCUUUGCCCGGCAAUAUUGGAUCCGUUUGAUGGACCCUGGUAUCGGAUUGCUGCAGUGAUUCAUCAAGCUAUCCUGUGUCCUUUGCUUUGCAAACUAUUUUGUCUUGUCGCAGAUUUCUUUCUCACAAAGUUCCCUCCUACAAAAGUUAAGCCACACAUGAAAGAUCAUUUACAUGAUAAAAAAUUAGUUAACUAAAAUUUAUUUUAUUAAAGCAAUAAGUAAUUACUCACUUUCUAUACCACUGUAGCCCUUCUCUGGGUUGGCCUUUAUGUUGUGAUAUUUGCGGCUGAAUCUCUUAGGUCAAUUUAAUUCGGAAUAAUAUCAGGAAUAAAGGAUGGCAAUAAAAACAGGUAUCAAUAUUUAGUAAAUAAUAUAAUAAUUAUAUUACCAGGUCAGGUAUUAUAAAAGCUUUUAAAGCAUGAAGUAUAAAUUAAGGAAAGCGAGAUAAGUGAAUAAAUAGUCUAACCUUGAGAAUGAAUUAGCAUAAUAUAAUAUAUAGUCCAAAUCUCAGCACGUUGUUUGUGUUUAAUCACAUAAGUUUGAAGUUUGUGUUUAAUCACAUAAGUUUGAAAACCAUUAAAUGUAUUAAUUACUAUAAUAUUAUAAUGUAAUGAAAAUAA